AUGUUUGUAUCUCCGGUAGUUAUCACCAUCAACGACUCUAUUGAGUCUUCUAUUUUGGAGUCUGCCCAAAAGAUUCCAACCGCUGUUGCUACUAAUGCUCAAGAUGACUUUUCAAUCCAAAAGAAAAGUACUAGAAUAGAUGAACCUGAUUUGGGUGCAAACAAGUUUGCAUCACUGAUCACUACGGAAGGAGAAGAAGAUUUGCCUGAAUCAGAAAAAGAAACAGGUUCGAUGGAUCUGAUGACACCUUUCGGGAAAACAAUACUUCCGGAUAGACCAGUUAAACCAUUGACAAAGGCUAAGGAGAUGCAUUGGCAAUCUCGGGGUCGUGGUCGAGGGAACCGAGGACGUGGAGAAAAAGGUGGAUGUGGCUAG